AUGUCGAGCCGUCAGCUACGCAAGCUGCAAAAGCAGCGGGAGCUCGAACAGCUCCAAGAAGCCCAGGCCACUGCAGACGAGUCCAGCGAAGAGGAACCCGAGCCAGCGCCCAUCAAGCCCCGACAGAGUUUAUUUGCAGCUCUCGGAGGCGACGAUGACGACGACGAUGAGAACGACGACGAGAAGUCUGAUGAUGCGCAAGACGAACCGGAGCCUGAGCCAGAAGUAGUGCCGCAGCCUGCGAAAAAGAAGAACAAGAAAAAGAAGAAGAAGACCAAGAGGGCUGCGACCCAGGACGAACCUCCCAAACCAGCCGACGACAAGGAGGAUGAGAUUGACCGGGCCCUUCAGGAGCUCAAAAUAGCCCGCAAUGCAAGCACCGAUGCCUCGGACAACCUUGCCCAGCGCAGCCGCGAUAUCGACGACUUGUUGCAGAUCAACACUCAAUACCUGAGAGCGAUUCACGAGAUGCGAGCUCUUUUCGGAAAGGAGGCCAUUCAAGCUGCCCAAGAUGAAGAGAGAGCCGAGCAGGAGGCGGCGCGCCGACAAAGAGGCCCGACUCAGCAGGUCGAUCUGGAGACGGCGCUUCGAGGGGACCCGCGGAAGAAGUUGCCUGAGAUUUCGCUGCGACGCAAUGUUUUCAUCCAAGGCAAGGAGACGUGGCCCCGCGCUACUGCCGUGGGCCUGGUCAUGAAGGAGAUCAGAAAGGGCUCCGAUGGUCUUACCGAGUUCGCUUUUGUCCACGAGAAGGCUUACGACAACGUCCAGAUCAUGUUCUUCAGCUGCGUUCAGCUUGGUGACCCCAUGCAGAUGGUGAACCUGUUGAUACGGUAUCCCUAUCACAUCUCGACUUUGCUCCAAGUGAGCAAGGUGGCUAUCCAGGACCAGAACCAGUCACUGGCUGCAGACCUCUGCGAGCGAGCACUCUUCACAUUCGGCCGAUCUACGACAUCCGCCUUUAGACAGAAAUUGGAGCAGGGCAAGGCUCGCCUGGACUUCCGCCGUCCCGAGAACCGCGAACUCUGGUUGGCAGGAUAUACAUAUCUCAAGAGUCUCAUCCGCAAGGGGACGUAUAGGACGGCUCUUGAGUGGGCGAAGCUUCUGUUCAGUCUCAACCCGAAUGAUCCUUACGGCAUGAAGUAUUUCAUCCACACUCUAGCAAUCCGAGCACGUCAAGCGCAGUGGCUCAUUGAGUUCCUCAAUACUGGUGAGUUCGUGGCCGAUGAGACGGACGACACCUACAUCAAGCAAACCAUGGUCCUCGCCAAGCUUCAGGUGGGUGACACGAAGGGAGCAAAGAUGGCUGCAGUGGCCGGCAUGGAGCGGUUGCCGUGGCUAUACUGUGCCCUCUUCCAGGCGCUGAACCUGGAAGCGCCGCCCCCCUUGUGGGGAGUUCGACCUGACACGGACGAGCGCGAGUUCUGGACGAAGCUGUACGUUCACCAGGCAAAGGACAUCUGGAACAACACGCAAGCAAUCGAUUUGCUCAAAGAGGCCGUCAAGAUUGCGAAGAAGCCGACAGAGACGCUUCCUGAGGAUAUGCCGGCAACAACCCGUACAGCGAGAUGGACGUGGUUGGAGGACACGCCGGCCUUGUUGAGUGGCAUUCCGAGGGCCAUUCUCACCCGGGAGCCAAACUACGCCUUCGAUCCGCUCCCGCCUCUGGAGGAUGAGAACAUCUUUUCGAGUGAGGGAGUUCGGAUGCCGUGGCGGCAAGACAACGGGCAGGGUGGAGGCAUGCUCGUCCAGGAGCGAGCACUUCUCAACAUGCUUCGCAGACAGCGUCAGCGAGCAGAUGCCCGGGGCGGUGGAGCCGGCGCGGCCGCAGGAGCUGGUGCUAUGGGAGGAAUGAUGGGUGCGUUCCCAGAAGACGAAGAUGACGCCGGCGAUGGCGAUGGCGACUUUGGUGAUGCAUGGGAGGGAGCAUUCUCUGAAGGUGAGGGCGACGACGAUGACGACGAUUUCUUGGAGGGCGAAGGAGGGCAACCCCCAUCGGCUGGCGUGGUGCAGCGGCUUGCUGACUUGCUGGCGUCUAUGAUACCCGGCGGUUGGCCCGCUGAACCAACCGUUGGCGAUGAGGCGGAAGGCACGGAUGAGGAAAUGCCGCCUCUGGUUGACGGCGACGAGGGUGCUGGUGGUGAUGAGGCACGUCAACAGCCUGGGGCAAACUAG